UCGAAACACGGUCGAAACGUAAAUAAAAUAAAACAGAGGUUUUCUCUCUUUUAUAAAUUAGUUUUAGAUAAAAAUAUAAUUUUUUAAAAUGAUUAGAUGUACAAUAAAAUCAUGAUACUCAAAUUUUUAACAUUAUUAUGGCUUUAUAAAAACGAGUAAUUAAUUUGAUCAAAGCAGAUCAAAGACAGUGAGCAGAACAGGAGAAUUUAAUUUUAUAGCAAGUUGAACCUGUGUCACACAGGCUGUGUGUGUAAGAAAAUGGUAGUGAACGCCCCGGACUCGCCGGCGCAGGCAGCAGUCGUGUUUGUCGUGGAGGACACAGCCGCCAACAGCGCAUAUAUCACCGAACUUAAAACCAACUACAUCAUACCAACGUUAGAAUACUUUCAUGGUGGUGCAUUAGAAGAUGGUGUUGAGAGUGGAUCAGUGUACGGAGUUGUGGCCUACCACUCGGCCGACUGUGCCCCCUGCCUGCCCGUAGCCACCUACGGACCAUUCACAUGCCCCCAAAAUGUUGUGGACACUAUAGAUAAGUUACAGUUUGUGGGUGGUCACGCGGAGAACCGGGCGUGCGUGACGGAGGCACUGGCGACGGCGGCGUCGUGCCUGGAGGAGCUCGGGCGCGCAGACGCGCAGAUGCACGUGGUGCUGGCGGGCGUGUCGCCGCCGUACGCCGCGUACGCCGGCGGCCUGGCCCCACCCGGCGCGCCCGCCACGCCCGAGCAGGCGGCGCGGCUGCUGGGCGAGCGCGGCGCGCAGCUGUCCGUCGUCGCCGCGCGCCGCCUGCCCGCGCUCGCCGCCCUCUACGAGCACGCCGGCGGCGACUUACUCACCGCGCAGCAGCGGAACUACGCUAAAGAUCAGCGUCACCUGGUGCUGCUGCGCGGGUACAGCCUGAAGGAGCGGCCGCCUAGCCCUGCGCCGCCGCCCGUGCCCGACAUCCAGGCGGACGUGUACGGGCAGGGGCGGGGCGCGGGGGCGGCUCCGCGGGCGGGCGCGCAGUUCCCGCGCGGCGCGGCGCCGGGCGCGCCCCCCAGCGUGCGCCACCCCGGCGGCUGGCUGGCCCCGCCGCGCCAGCAGCUGUACCCGGGCAACUCGGCGCUGCUGUCGCAGCUGGCGCAGCCAUCGUACGCGCCGCCCGCGCAGCCCGCCAUGCAGCGCAUGCAGAUGAUUCAGCCCGGCCCCUCGAACCCGGCCGGCGCGGCGACCGGCGCGCAGCGCUCCUACAUCUGGAGCGGCACGCUGGAGUGGAUGGAGAAGGCGAAGGGCCCGGGCGACCAGCAGAAGGUCACGAAGCACCUGCCGUGCCAGGUCUCCGCGCACUCCAAGGACAUCGAGGCGGAGCUGAAGGCGGACACGUGGCCGAGCAAGCUGCUGAUGCAGCUCAUGCCCAAGCAGCUCAUCAGCAACAUCGGCGGCCAGUACCUCAAGGACAGCAAGUCCGUGCUGUUCCACCUGCAGCAGAACGAGGCCUACGAGGCGCUCUCCAAAGUCAUGAUCAACGGCUUCGCGGGCUGCGUGCACUUCUCGCCGAUGUCGUCGCCGCCGCAGUGCGACAUCAAGGUGCUGAUCCUGCUGUACACGCCCGAGAAGAAGGUGUACCUGGGCUUCAUCCCCAACAACCAGGCCACGUUCGUGGACCGCCUGCGUAAGGUCAUCCAGCAGCAGAAGAUGGGCAAGCAGCUUCCCGCGCCCGCCCCCGGGCCGCAGCCCAACAUGCCCGGUGUUCCGAUGGGCGGCGGGGCUAUGGGUAGUUCCGGCAUGGGCGGCGGGGCCAUGGGCGGCUCCGGUAUGGGCAGCUCCGGCAUGGGCACCUCGGGUAUGGGCGGAUCCGGCAUGGGCGGGCCCGGCAUGAGCGGCAUGCAGGGCAUGGGCGGGGGCGGUCUGCCCGGCGUGGGCGGCUCCAUGACCAACGUUCAGAACAUGCCUCAGCAGCAGUCCUCACAGGGUAUGAUGAUGAGCGGCGGCAUGGGCGGGCAGGUGGGGCAGAGUGGCGGCAAGCGGCAGCUGGAUGGGCUGGAGGCGGCGCGCCAGCAGAACCUGGAGAAGAUCCAGCACCUGCAGCAGACGCUGGAGGCGGCGCACCAGCAGGAGGCGCAAUUCAAGUCGCAGAUGGACAUCAUGGUGCACCUGCACGCCGCGCAGCAGCAGGAGCAGCAGUACAAGCAGCUCGAGGAGCAGCAGCGGAAGCACAUGCUACAGCAGCAGGUGCAGCAGCAGGUCCAGCAGCAGGUGCAGCAACAGGUGCAGCAGCAGGUCCAGCAGCAGGUGCAGCAGCUGCGCGGCGCCGGGCCGCACGCGCACGCACCGCGCAUCAUGCGGCCGAUGAUGGCCACCAACCCCGGCCUGAGACAUCUGCUGCAGCAGCAGCAGGCGGCGGCGCGCGGCCCGCGCCCGCACAUGUGACCGGCCACCGCGCACACCGCUUCACCUGUAACUCGCACGCACACCGCGACUAUAUUGUCACGACGGAGCCUUCAGCCGAGUUGUCAUCUUUAAUAUCAACAACCGAUCCCUAAGCCCGCUCGCUCGCUAGCGAUGUCUAAUGCACUGACCUCCAUUAUACAAUUACGCUGGACUUAUGAUACCCACC